CCUAAACCCUAAACCUUUCUCUCGUCAUCGAUCUAUCAACGUCUGCUCUCUCAAGGUCUCAAGGGUUUUAUUACAGCAGUGGACAAUGUGUAUCAGCUCCCGUUGGUGCUAAAUAUUUGUUGGCGCGUGAAUGAUUUUCUGGAGUCAACUUUGUUGGACAACUACCAUAUGCUGCUAUAGAAAGGGUUUUAUUACUUCAGUGGACAAUGUGUAUCAGUUCCGUUUUUUGCUAAAUAUUUGUUGGCGCUUCAGUGAUUUACCGCAGAUAACUUUCUUGGACAACUACCAUAUGCUGCUAUAGAAGGUACUAGCGAUCUAGCCAAACGUCGGUUCUCCAUGGAAUGGUGCUCUAGUAGGAACAAACUUUUUUUCUGUUAGAUUCAUCAUUGAAUAUAUUUUCACACCAUAUAGAUUUGUCAUUGUAAAUGUACAUAUUGUUUUUUUUACAAAGUUGGCCGCACUUUAUAAGGUUUGGCUUCAGUCAAAGCUAACAUCCAGAGUAAAUAUAAACAGAUCGAGUAUAUUGCAAAUAGAAAUAUAGUUAAAAUGAUGGCUGCCAAAAAAAUAAACAGAACUUACAUAUUUUGGAAAGAAGUGAAUAUUUAAGCUCCUACGUAAUGAUUCGUCUUGAGACAAGUCAAGUCGUCCUUCUUUGUCCCAUGCAUGCGCAUCUGUCAUCUACAGGUCCUCUUUAAUACUGGCACGUUGCGGUGCUCCCUUUGCAUAUAUGUCGUCUUUAAUUCUUCUUUACAGUUCACGUUGCGCUGCUCCCUUUGCUCCACUGUCCACUCCACCCACAGGCUGCAGCUAGCCAGCAAGCAAGGAGACGACUAUUCAUUCGGGCUAGUUCUUUUGCUGGCUUUUAGAAUAAGCUGCAAUAAACUGCCCCUCUACCCAGCUUAUUCUAAAAGUUCAACCAAAUUCAUUUUUUAGAAGCCUGCUAACUAAGAGUUGACUAGCAGGCUUUUAAAAAAAUAAACUUGGUUGAGCUUCUAGAAUAAGCUAGAUAGGGGGUAGCUUAUUCUAUAAGCCUAAAAAAGCUACCAAAAGAACUGGCCUGAAUGCUCCUCUUCCGCCGCAGCUACUUCUUCUGAUCUCUCAACGUCUCCUCCCAAGGGUUUUAUUACAUCAUUCGACAUUGUGUAGCAGUUCUGCUUUGUUCUUUCUGACAAGCUAAGCCGCCAAUGGAUAUACAGAUGGAUCAUGAGGUCCUGGAGCAUAUACUUGAUGGAAGAGAGAAGCCGAAAAAUCUAUCACUCGCACUUUUGAAGGAUGUCACAGGAAAUUUCUCGGGCGAUCGAGAAAUCGGCCACGGUGGAUUUGCAACCGUUUAUAAGGGAGUGCUCCCAAAUGGGAACUACGUUGCAGUAAAGAGGAUAAAGAACAGCCAUUCAAUCAAUGAGACGUUGUUUUAUCGCGAAGUUAACAGCCUGUUGAACAUUGAACACGAAAAUGUUGUACGGUUUCUUGGCUUCUGUGCUAGCACUGACCAGAUAGCCAUAGAAAAAGAGGGAUCAAAAGAAUUUAUUUACGCAGAGGUAAGAGAAAGAUUACUCUGCUUUGAGUAUAUCAGCAAUGGAAGCCUGAAAAAUUAUAUUACCGAUGAAUUAAGGGGACUUGAAUGGAACACGCGUUAUGAAAUAAUUAGAAGCAUUUGUGAAGGUUUGUACCAUCUGCACCGGGAAAAGCAAAUUUAUCAUAUGGAUAUGAAACCUGACAAUAUACUGCUAGAUAAUGAUAUGGUUCCGAAAAUCACUAAUUUUGGUUUAUCGAGACUAGAUGAAAAGUCACAAACCAUGAGUGAAGACCGCUUCGGAUCAGUAGGAUACUGUGCUCCAGAAUACCUACAGCAGGGAAAGAUGUCAUUCAAAUCAGACAUGUACAGUUUGGGUGUUAUAAUUAUUGAACUAGUGACAGGACAGAAGGCGAUCCCCAACAAUAAUAAUGUACUUAGGAGAUGGAGGCACAGAUGGAAGAAAACAGGGAAGGAAACACCAUUGGUUUACCAACAAGUAGCAAAAUGCCUCGAAAUUGGGUUACUAUGCCAGGAAAUUGAGCCAUCCAAACGGCCUUAUAUAUGGGAUAUGAUACAUGUUAUUAGAGAAACUGAAGGUGCUAAUGGAAAAAUCAGCAAUUCCUAUGAACAUACAUUUGGACAGAUAAGCCCUUACUCGGAAGAUGAUAUGCUUGGAAUUGAGCCACUCCAACUACAUUUUCCUUUUGAGCUUAACAAACAGAUGUCAUGUGCACUUCAGCUAACCAAUGAGAUGGACUGUUACAUUGCCUCCCACGUUGAAAAUACGAGCCCGGUGUCAUACAACACACAGCCACAGAAAGGCAUUAUGCCUCCACGAUCCAAGUGUAAUGUCGAAAUAACAUUGCAACCGCAGGGCCAGGCUCUGAGAGAUCGUGCCAAUGAAUUUGUUGUAUGGAGCACCACAGUGAAUGGUGGCCUUACAGUUGAGGAUAUAACUAUAAACAUGUUCAUUAAAGAGGCAGACAACGUGGUUGAUGAGGUGAAUUUAGAUGUGGUUUUUGACGGUGGUGAGCCACAAGAAGCAAGUAAGAAAACAAGCGAGCCACAAGAAGCAAGUAAGAAAACUAGCGAGCAGACAAUCCCACCUUUAAUGCAGAUCAUAGAUAAUGGUGAAGUUCAGACGAUCGAUUCUAUAGAUGCAGAUCUGACAGAGCCAUUGAUUAUAACAAGUCACUCAGAUGGCAGUGGAAGAGCUGCUUGCUGCUGCGGAAGUCUACGUGAGGCUGCUGCUUGCUGCUGCGGUAGUCUAUGUGAGGCUGCUGCUUACUGCUGCCCCUAUGCUGCUUGUUGGUGCUGCGGCUGUGCUGUUGCUUUCUGUCUUUCACAUUUUAGCCAUGCUGCUGCUGCUGCUUGCUGUUGCUUGUCCUGCCUGAUGCGUCGUUUGUCACACAGUUAAUAUCAUC